GAAUACACCGACCUUACGACUAGUUGCAAGGAAGGCUUUUAGAAUACACAUUAUCUUUCUUAUAAGUUAUAUUAUUUGAAUUGUUUCAAUUAUAUUGUCCAGCACUAUGAAGCUCCUCGGCAUUUUAUUAACGAUUACCUUUGUGAACGUUUCACUGAUAAUGACAGGGGAAUAUGCAAAUUCGGUUUGCACUACAACAAAUUACAUCAAAAAAGUCUAUGGUACAAAUCCUGAUGGACUGAUAACUGCUAUUUUAAAUAUCAUUAACGGAAAUAAAACGUUUGUGACACUUAAUUUGAUGUUGUCUUUACCAGAUAAAGUAAAUUUUAGAUUCACAAUUCAGCAUGACGAGGCAUUUAUUAUAAACUUACCAGAAAAUAUUGCCAUAGCUGAUCAGGAGGCAGUGCAAGAAGCAAUAUUCCAAGUAACAAAGAUCCCUGUGCCUAAGCUUGGCCGCAACGAAAAUAAUUCGAAUGAUCGUCGCACAUUGUCUAUACUUGGAGAAAGCAGACGAAAAACAAUGGGAUAUAUUACAUUUACGUUACUUAAGGCUGCAAUAAGUAGAGGAACACCAGGAUUCACCAACCUUAAGGAAAUAUGUAUUCUAAUAGGUUUGCUCCGAAGUAUGCAAUUCCCAGAUUCGUAUAUAAAAAUCGCUCGUGUUGAUCCAGAUGAUAAUGUUUGUAUGUUAAGUUCACAAAAUGGCAGAUUCCAUUACAAACCUCAUGACGGCUAUAUUGCUGUGGUAAGGCCAAUAGGUCGUCCUGUUCAUAAUGAAUAUGAGGACGUUUUGGAUGAGGCAAUAAGAUGGUUCUAUUAAAAUGUACCCUAAAUCGUAGUUAGCUUUGAAAAAACUUAAUCGCAUCUACUGUUUUCAUUUUACUUUAAUAAUAUUUUUAUGUCGCACUUGUACUUAAAUUGUCAUUUUAUUUAAAGUUUUACAUAAUAAACAAUUUCUUUUAGUGAUAUUUAAUACUUUAAACCACUUGUGAUUUUAUUAAGUUCUAUCCAUUGCAGUGCAUAAAACGAAAUUAAAAUAAUAAUACUACCUGCCCACAAAACAAUAAGAUGUCUACCUGAAGGCGUUAUCACAGCUACGUCGUCUGUCGUGUCGUACGAUUUAAGAAGUGGGCGUGGCCACUUAAAGUUACUAAUGGUAAAUGUACAAUACCAAUUUUGUAAUUGUCUAUUGUGGUUACACCUAAUCAGUGAAUGCCAUAGAGAACUCGCGAAUUAAAUUGAAAUUUGAUAAAAUAAUUACUUUUAA